GUUCACUUCCUCCAAAACUAGACCUUAAAUAUAUGCAACGUCCAGGACAAUAUCCUAUACCUAAUGACUAUCAAAUAGAAGCCUUUUGGGAGCUAGUUUCACAAAUCUCACCUUCAGAUGCUUCUAGUAAAUAUUGUAAUGUACGAUAUUCAGGAAAAAAUAUAGCAAUUUCUGAAAUACUUAUUUUUGGACUACAAUUAUAUGAAGAAUUAACUAAGGCUGAGCCAAAAAAAAAUAAACCACGACUUAUUAAACCUCUUAGUGAUCUUAGUAAUUCUUUGCAUAGAAAAAAAAUUAGAAAAGCGAGUGAAAGUUUAUUUAAUGAUUUUGAAAAAAAAAAAAAUUUUUGGCAUCCUGCAGAUAAUCCUAAACUUAAAGAAUUAGUAUUAGAAGCAAGCAAACAACCAUGGUUAAUAAAGUUUAAAGAAGAUCGACAAAGCUUUGAUAACUGCUUCACAGGAUUUGCCAAAAGAAUGGCUAGUUAUGAUUCGGAUAGCAAAAGUGACUUAAAUAGUAAAAGUGACUCAGAUAGUGGAAGUGACUUGGACAGUGAAGUAAUUGCAGCUAUAUUAGAAAAAGGCGCUUAUUGCAAUAUAUGUGCAAUUCUUCGAUUUAUCAUUCCAAACCUUGUAACAAAUAAAGUUCUCAUUGCAAAAACUGAUAAAUUUACUGACUUAGUUGAAUUAACUAAAGGAACUCAAGAUAAGUUAACCUCUAUGCUGCCGGAAGAAACUUGGUGCCCAUUAAAAUCUUUAAUUAUUUCUCAGGCCCAAUCUACUAUAAAUUCUGCAUCUAAAGCUGAAACUGAGCUUUCAUUAGUCAUUUGA